ACCUACAAUUACAAAAAAAAAAGGAUCUCUAGAAGUAUUGUUAGAAAAAUCACUAGAACAACAUAUUGAAAAAAUAACAGAUCCAUUGUAUCAGAAGAGGCUCCAGGCUCAAAAUAAUAUUCAUAGAGCCCAACAGUGA